AUGGCCGACCGAGCUGCUAUCGAGGCUCCCUUUACCCUCGCCUCUCUGCCAAAGCCCUUCGAUCCCACUGCUGGUACUACCUUCGCCGCUCCGGUAUUUGGACUCCGCGGUCAAAAAUGGAGAAAGCGUCCUGAAAUUGUCGCAAGUGUCGACGGAGACAGCAUCACCAUCUACAAUGUGCGUAAUCCGCGCUUGGUAACAUCGUAUGCUCUUCCUCCUCAGACCCGUCUGCUAUGCGCGCCAUGCUCCAUCUACCGCAAGAUCACUGGUCGCAAAGCUGCUCAGAGAGUCACAUAUGCUGUACUUGGUCACACUACUGGAAAGAAGACAGAAGUCAUCUGCUUUACCGAGGAUACCAUUGCCGAUUCGACCGAUCUCUCUGCCGAUCAGCAAGUCAAGACAAGCUACCAACUGCCCACGUCGACGAGCACCGUCUUUGCUAUCAAUGCCCUCGCUUCCCACUCGGACAAUGAGACUCUUGGUCUUGCUCUGGACAUUGCUAUUACCUACGUCGACGGAAGCGUCGAGUGCAUCGCUGGCGACCUUCAGCAGAAGAGAUGGGACGCAGAUGCCGCUCGUACUAUCGUUAUGGCUGAGUCGGACGCCACCCCAACAUCUGUCAAGGUCGAAUAUGCCACCGUCACUGAUGUGACCUCAGCAAGAAAGGGUCUGCUCAAAGGCAGAGAGGAUGCUCUAGCAUUGGUUGGAGGUGCUAUCAGCCUCGACAACUCGUCCGACCUGAACGUGCCCCUGCUCGCUCUGGUGACUGUCGACGAUCAGAACACUCGCCGCUUCAAUCUGUUUUCCCUGCCAUCAAGGUCAAAGGACAUGAUCACCAGCGCCCACCAAGGCCUUCGUUACUUGUUCAGCUACGAGCUCCCUGGGACCCCUUCUGCUGACAAGGCUACUUUCUCUUUGCAGUCCUCGGCUGGAAAGUUACAUCAACUACUCUCUGGUGUCAUCACUACAUACGAUCUUUCAGGCACUGUUCCUCGUCUUCUUUCUGUUCUUACUCCUCAUACUCAAGCCCACCAAAGCUUUGUUCGCAUCUCGGCCGCACUGGUUCUUGCUGCCGAAUCCUCCUCGUGCGCCAUCUAUGACACCAAAUACAGUUCUUUACAGGCUGCUCUGUCCCUUGAAUCUGACCCUCUUGAGUCAGCUGGCGACAAGAGAAAGAGGACCGACGGCGCUACUGAAGGCUCUCUUGACUUUGUUACCUUCUUCUCAGACCUUGGUCUUGCUGUUGCAAUUUCUGGAAACGCUCUCGUCGGCCUGCAGAUCAACCUUUCCGCCACCGCUUACAAGAAGUCGAAAGCUAACACCAGUCUCCUGAUCAACUCCCUCGGCAAAGGAGCCAAGAAGGCACUUGUCGCUGCGCCUAACUCUGAAGCAUCCUCGCAAGAGUGGGAAAGCUGGAAAGAGACAGUUGACUCACUCGUCGAGUCUGAUGUAGCAGCCCUCGAGCGCUUCCUUGCCGCUGAGCUCGAAGUGACUUCCACUCCCAAAACUCAGAAGUCGACAGCCCAGGACUCCGGGGACCAGGAUGCGGAAGACAACAGGAUGUGGCCUGUAAGAGACUCUCGAUUCCUGGUUCAAAAGACCGAGAGGCGCAAAGCCGUCUACCUACUCAGCAAAAUGUUCGCCUGGAAUGAGUCCACUAGCGAGGACCAGAGCUCCAUCUCGAUGAACUUCUUUGCCGCAAACAUUUUCAGGUGGCUGGCUGUCACUGGAUACGUGUCUGCCAUGGCAGUCGAGAGAGCUUUGCGCGAAACCGGCACUAUUCAGUCCACGGCCCAGAGGGUUCGUUCUGGUGACAUUAUGAGGGCAGUCAAUGAGCUUGACCCAGAGAUGCAUGUGAUGCACGAAUGGCUGAGCUGGCCUGUCUACCUGGAAAUCGAAGAGGUCAUCGUGGCUUUGGCUUCACUUGUGAAGUCCCUGCAAGGUCCGAGCCCUGCCGCAGUGGCCAAGCUUAUCACUAGCAAGAGCGAAGAACCCGGCAACGAGCUCGAGACUACAAUCCAGGCCGAAACCGAUGCUGCAGAAGCCGAUCUCGAGUUUGCGCUGUCUGCUCUGGACACUGGUCUCAGCGUCCGAAGCGCCUCUUUCCGCACCGUUUUCACCCGCCUCCAUUCGUUCCCUUCGCGUAGUAUCGUUGAGAGGCUCCGCACUCACCUUGCGCCCCGCGAGGUUGUGUUCUUUAUCCAAAUUCUCCGCAUUGAGCUUGCAGACGGUGGCUGGACCUCAAAGUACACCGAAGAUGAGAUUGCUCCCAGGCCUGAGGACGCAGGAUCACCCAGCGACCACUCAAUUGCUAUCAUCAGCAACCUUCUCAACUGUGCCAUCGACGCCAUUGGCACAUCUGGCUGGCUUGUAGGACUCAGUGGAGACCCAGACCUUCAAACCGAUAACAUGCUGGAAACACUCGUCGCCGAGACCAGCGCUGCCCUAGAGACUUGCAUCGAGGCAUGCAGCUUUGGGGUCUUCUUGAAUGACUUUGAGCGGUUCAGCAACACGAUUCGUGCUUCGCAGAAACAGACGACAAUCAAGAAGGUGGAUCCCAUCAAGACGCCUGGAUUCGAAGAGACUCCUCUUGCCGUCGAUCCCAUCCUUCCUCUUGGUUACAAGGCCCAGGGACCUGCCGACAAGAUGCGUAUGACAAGCACUGGCCAGGUCGAGAAGAGCAGGGGUCUGCGUGGUAAGGAGCUGUCGAUGCGUGUCGGCAAAUACUCGCUGGACAGAAUCGUUGUCUAA